AUGUCAUGCCCCGCCAGUUUACCAGAACACGUUUUGAGUCUCUUGAAAACUUCCAAAUAUCUUCAUUUAGCAACCUGUUCAAAGCCAGAAUGUAUUCCAUCCGUCUCCCUGAUGAACUAUACGUAUAUCCCACCUCACAAGGUUUACAACAGUCACGAUGAAACUGCAGAAGAAUAUCAAAAAGAAGAACAUUACAUUAUAUUGGGAACUCAAAAGGAUACGGCUAAAUAUGCCAAUAUUCAACAAAAUCCAGAAGUUUCUGUAUUGAUACAUGAUUGGGUUACUGCCAAGAAACUAUCAUUACGGAAAAAUAGUCAAUCGAAUACUCCGACUCCCGAGCCUACUGGGAUCCAGAAUGCCGAUCAUCCAAGUAGACUUUUGAACUUAUUACAGGAAUUGAACCAAUCCGAACUAUCUCAAAUGAGUGCCACUUUAAGAGGGUAUGCAGAGUCCAUUGACCCCACAUCCCAAGAAUCUAAAUAUUACGAGGCAGAAUUGUUGAAAACCAAUCCAGACGUUUCUGUUUACAUUGAGGGAAAGAAUUUUGCCCUAGUCAAAGUUAGGUUAGAAAAUGCUAAAGUUUCCGAUAGUGAAAAUCACACCAGAUUCUAUGGUUAA